UCCGCCUCACAUCACUUCCUGGGCUUUAAAAAGGGGGGAAAGGAAAAAAAAGGAAUAAAAAAAAAAAAGAGAGAACUAAUCACCUAAGCGGGUCUGGUCCCGUUUCGGAGGUUUAGGGGCCGUUACCCGUAGCGCCGCUGCUACCCGCGCCGCCGCCAUGAAGGCUCAGCCCGCGGCAGCCUCCAUCUUCUGCCUGUGCCUGGUGCUGGCGGCCUCCGCAGCCUCCGCCGCGGAAGGGCUCGGAAAGGGUUUUGGAGAUCAUAUUCAUUGGAGAACACUAGAAGAUGGGAAGAAAGAGGCAGCAGCCAGCGGUUUGCCUCUUAUGGUUAUCAUCCACAAGUCUUGGUGUGGAGCUUGCAAAGCUUUAAAGCCAAAGUUUGCUGAAUCCAAGGAGAUCUCUGAACUUGCCCAUAAUUUUGUUAUGGUCAACCUCGAGGAUGAUGAAGAGCCAAAGGAUGAAGCCUUUAGUCCCGAUGGAGGUUACAUUCCCAGAAUCCUUUUCAUGGACCCCAGUGGAAAAGUUCACCCAGAAAUCAUAAAUGAGAAAGGAAACCCCAGCUACAAGUAUUUCUAUACCAACGCUGAUCAAGUUGUCCAAGGGAUGAAGGAAGCCCAGGAGAAGCUAACAGGUGAUGCUUUCAAACAAAAACACCUGGGAGAUGAACUAUAAUGAACGCACUGAAUGAUGCUUUUCCAUCACUUCGAAACUCUAAAAGGAAAUGAUUAAACAGACAAAGAAUGUAGAUGCACUGGAGGGACAUAAUUCUUCUGUCCACAAUGUUAGGUUAAACCCUGUUUGGAGUUCACACACAUGCAUCAGUUACAGUGUUAUCUCCUCCUCUGCCUGGCAGUUUGUGCUGUAAUGGUUAUUUGCAACUGGGUGAUGUGCAAACACAUCAGAUUGUGUGUUUGAGCAACCACUAAUAUUUGGUGUUAAAAGGGAGGUGUGCAGGGCAAAAUGUUCAUUUGAGGACAAACAGUGUGAUUGGAAUAAUUAGAAGUAGUUGGCAUUUUAAUGCUUAAUUGGGGUUGAAUCCCUCUUUUCUCACUGGUGUUGUGUGAUCCCAUUGCUUUUACUGGGGAUUCCUACGAAUGGGGCAUGUUCCUGGGCCAGGUGUUUUCUAGACUUCCCAAAUUAUGAAUUCUGCCACUAAGCCACGUAGAAUCAAUUUCAUGAAUGUCCAAGUCGCAUGCAAAAUUAUUAGCUCUGCAAACACAUUUUUGUGUAAAACUGUGUGUGAUUCAUCUUUAUAUGCCUUUGGGCAGAAAUUUAACUUUUUCCUUGUGCACUCACCUUUUGAUUGUUUCAUUGAGUGAGGGUGGGUUAUGCUGAAGCUUUAUGGGGGUUCCCCUUUUAUUCUUUGAAUGUCUUCUGGCGAAUGCCUUGCCAUCACAUUGUACUGUAUUUUUGUACCAGGGUGAACGAUUAAACCUUUUUAAACAUAA